ACGGUGGUGACCUGCGGACGUCUUUGCGAUAAACCUCUGUUGGGUUGUUCGCACCGCUGUCUCCGCCAAUGUCAUGCGGGCGACUGUCUGCUACCGGAUGAUGACGGUAGAGUGGUAUGCAAACAACCCUGUUCUGCACCGCGCCCUGAAUGCGGCCACCCGUGUGGCAAACCCUGCCACGAGGCCGCUGGAAUUUCCUGCGCCGAGGCUCUUGGCUCGCUCAAGUGUCACGUGCUCGUAUCUCUCUCUUGUGUCUGUGGCCACCGUCGUGAGGAGCAGCCCUGCUAUCGGGUGAAGGCUCUAGUGGCAAACCUCAGCAAGAAGGAUCCGAACCUCCUCCUUCGAUGUUCAGCAUCGACGGGUCUGCCCUUUGGUCUGCCAUCGACAGAUGUACUGCCCUGCGACUCAUCUUGUACUCAGGCGAUGCGAGCGGCGAAGGAGGCAAAGGAGGAAGCCGAGGCGGCGGCCUCAAGCGUGCCAAAGAUGUGGGUGCGUGGCGGCGCCCAUGGGAUCGAUGCCUCCUUGCCGCCUGCUUUCGCCCCGCCCGAGUACUCCGAUUGGCUUAAACAGUUUGCGUCGAAUAACCUCUCCUUUGCUGUAGAGGUGGAAAAGGUUCUAUACAACUUGGUCGACGAGACGUUGAGCUUGAUGAAAUCUUCCGGAUCUAAGCCAAAUUUGAACAAGUGUAUAAGUCACCGCUUCAGCCCAAUGAACCAUACGAAACGGCGUUUCAUAAUUGAGCUGGCGGAGUUUUAUGGGGUGGAAUGCGUAGAACUCGAUCCACCACCUCAUAGAUACGUAGAGGCGCUUGCCAUCGGAGGGCGAGUGCAUUUUCCGGGUGGUGGUUCAAAACAACACUAUAUGAGUCUGGCAGGCCAGAUGGAGGCCUCUUUUGUAGGCUCCGUAAAAAUUAAUGCAACCGCUUUGAUGCCCGUUCAUGCCGCUGCUCGACCUGCCCCUCUGCGCUGCGCCGCCGACACCACCUCUGCUCGUCUCGUUUCCUUCUCCUCUAUUGUUGGCGGUACAAGUGAUAACAGUGAUAACAGAACCUCGAAACCGGCCUAG